UGUCCUACUUACAGUCUUCCUGAUUCACAUGGGUACAUGUCAUCAGGUCAUCUAUCUCCCUAUCUCACAUCAUUGUCAAGAUCCCUUGCUCUCUCCUGAUCCAUCAGCAUGACCCGAGAUAGCUUGAUCUCUUCAGCAACCAGCACGACUUACCCUUCGACCCUUUCGUCCUUUGACAAUUCAGCUCUUGGACUUACAGACUCGCCUAGACAUGCCUCAUCAGCUCGAUCUAGACCAAUGUCUCAACCUCAUCAAUCUCUUCUAUCACCUGCACCUCUCACUUCCGCAGCUGCAGGGAUCGCUCCUCCGGCCUCGCCGUCCCUAUCACCAUGGCGAAGGAGAAGAACGAGAACGCCGGGAGUCGAGGAGGCCGAUCCAGCUUCUCAAGGGAAGCAUCGGCCUGUGCCUCAGUCUACUGCUCUUCAGGAUCAUCCCAAGAUGACUGCACCACCACCUGUGCCUCGUAAAUACUCCCAUCCAUCUAUCCGUACAUCUCAUUCCAAGAGCUCCUUCCAGGUCGUGUCUGAGGGAAGAAAGAUUGAACACAAAGCCUCGUCCGAACGUGUCAGCCAGGAUCAGCCGAGAAGAACUGUGCGCAAGCAGCGUUCUGGCCUUACCGAGCAAUCAAAUACACCGACGAAGACACAGGCCCUAGGCGUGGAGCCUCAGAAUCCUCGAGCCUCAACCCCAGAAGCCAAAUCAGCUUCUAAAGACGACGACCACAGAGCACAUGAUUCUAGUGGACGAUCCAUCGCCAUUCCUGUCCGCAGACAAGCUCAAGACUACGGUCAGACAGCACAAACAACACCCUCAAAGCAGAAACCUGCUCGAGCGGCUGGUGUCGCUACUCCCUCACACCGACUCACGCAACAAGACGCCGAUGAUUCACUGGCUAGGCAAUGGGAAUCCGAGCUUUUGAAGGCCGCAGGGGAUCUCAGACUGGACCACCAAGGUGACAAUCUUCGGCAACAUCGAGAAGAGCUGAGAAGGAAGGAUCGCGAAUGGGAAAACAGCGGAACAUGGGAAAGCACGCAGGAUGCUGCCAAGCGGGCGGAAGAGCGCACACGAAGGGAAGCGAGCAGAGAGAUCGCUUAUCCCCCAAUGCAACCCCGAGCACCAAUUCGAGCUGCUCCCUCUGGCGUAACGUCUGUCCACGUUGGCGUUCGACCACGGGUGCAUCCCUCUCGAGUCGACGAAUCCACGAACCGUAAUCAGCCUGACCCCUCGGUCCCUGUGCCAUUAUUUUUGCCCAGCCUUUCACUACCAGACCCGCUGCCUGGCGAGGACACAGUCAAGGGCAGCUACAACACCCGAUACACCACGGAACUGAUGGACAAAGCCAGGGCAGAGUACGAAGCAUGGCUGGGCGGGAAGUCUGAACGGGAAGGUGGCAUAGGCGAUGAUCAAGGUGGAGUGGGCGACUUUAUCCCUCGAAACAGGCAUGUUGCACUGCCGAAAGCUGUCGGCGGCCAGACUCCCAUGGAGAGCUGGGACGAGCCCCGCAAGACGAACAAAAAUGGCACUAGUUCUGAUGGCUCGAAUCGCAUCGCUACACCACUCGAAGGGGGAUUUCCAUGGAAUGGAUACGGAUAUCUGCCAGACAUGAUAGACCCCUCCCAAGCAUUCAACGGUGCGAAUAUGCAGAUUCCUCCUGGUUGGACUCAGGAUGACCUGGCUCGAUGGUACGCUUCUCAAGCUGCUUAUUGGAAUCCAUAUUGGUGGUCGCAGGCCAUGCAGAACCCUCAAGUCACAGAGUCACAGCAAGACGAAGUGUCAGAGGUGAACAAACCUGCGGCUGGCAAGGUUCAUUUUGCCGAAUCCCCAGACAAGACAAGACUCAAUCCCAAAUCCUCAGCCGCGUCCCUUCACCAAGACUACGUGGAUCAAGGAAUGUAUUCUGACCCGUGAGUGACUUCUACGCCUCCCUUUGGGACGACAUUUCCGGUCUCGGUGUUCAAAGGCACUUAUUCUCCACCCCUUUACCCACAUCUGAGCGUCAUAUCGACAUUCUUGAGCUCCCCUUUGUGAUUCAGACCUUGACGGCCGGAUUCGUCCAUCAUAAAAGGGUUGAUCAACGCAGAUCCCCCGAU